ACAUAUAAUUUUUAACGCCAUGGAUGAAAAUGUACCACAUGUUCAAGCGAAAUUCUUCACGAAACAAAAACAUGCUGCAGUUCCUGAUUCUCCUUUCUCUGUCCCAUCGAAUGUGUCAACCACAGAACUCGGUGAUCUCAUAAAUGGCUUGUUAGGCGACAAUCGUGGUGCCGGGCGACAACAGUUUGACUUCCUCAUAGAUGGAGAAUUCUUACGAGUGACCCUUGAAAAACAUCUUCAUGACAAGGGGAUAUCAUUGGAAACUGUUGUUGAGAUUGAGUAUGUGGAACGGCACCCGGCCCCGGAACCUGAAAACUCUCUCCUUCACGACGACUGGGUGAGCUGUCUGCAGGGAAACGGCCAGUACAUUCUGUCUGGCUGUUAUGACAACACAACAAGACUGUGGACCAGUGAUGGGAAGUCUUUGAUGACCAUUCCCGCACACACUGCGCCUGUUGCAUCAGUUUCCUGGAUCAAGUGUGAUGACAGAGAAAGUUCUUUCAUAACCGGGUCACAUGAUCAGACUGUCCACAUUUGGCAGUGGGAUCGACAGAAGAACGAAGUUGAUUGCAUGUGUAUCUGCCGAGGGCAUGCUGGAAGUGUCCAGUGUGUUGCAGUCGAUGCAGGAUGUCAGAGAUUUUGCAGUGGUUCUUGGGACAAAAUGCUAAAACUGUGGUCUGCAGAUAUUACACAGUGUGAGGGGGACAAUAACGAAGAUGAAGAACAAACAGAAAAGCCAAUAAAAAGAAAAAAGAUGUCUGGAUCCAAGCUGCAAACGAGAGUCCCAAUGUUGACCCUGUCAGGUCACAGCGAGGCCGUCUCGGCCGUGGAGUUCAUUGACAGCUGCGAGGUGUGCACUGCAUCAUGGGAUCACACAAUCAGACUGUGGGACUUGGAACAUGCUGUACAGAAAACGUUAUUGCAAGGGUCCAAGGUUUUCUUUGAUGUUUCAUAUUCUUCACUGAAUAGACAGAUUGUGGCUGCCUCGGCUGAUCGUCAUCUCAGAUUGUAUGACCCUCGAUCUUCAGAUGGAUCCAUUGUAAAAAGUUCAUUCACUUCUCAUACCGGGUGGGUGGUGGGUGUGGCCUGGUCUCCCACCAACCAAUGGGAGUUUAUCUCUGGGUCACAUGAUCAAGUGAUGAAAUUAUGGGACACAAGAAGCCCCAAGGCCCCGCUUUUUGAUAUGAGUGGACAUGAAGGUAAAAUCCUAGCUGUUGAUUGGUCAAUACCGGAUCUGAUGCUGUCAGGUGCAGCAGACAACCAAUUAAAAAUCUUUAAAAGCAAAUCAAAUAACAGGACAUGAAUGGAAUAUUGGACUUGCUUUGCUUUCAAUAAAAUGAUUUUUUUUAAAA